AUGGAGGCCCUGCCGCCGCCUUUUCCGGAGAGGCUGGCCCGCAUAGCGGCCCAGCAACAGGCGGAGCUUUCUCGGCUUGCGCAAGUUCAUCGUGCGGCCUGGGAAGAUGCGCUGCGGGGCGACUUUGACGACAGGACUGCGCCCUCGGACAAUUACACCUUGGCCGUGGACGUACGGGGAGAUGCGGAAGGCAUUGAUGGACAGUUCAAAGAAGGUUCAGGGAUUGUGGAGGGAGCCGGACGUUCUGUGCUGCAGAAACGAAGCGAUGCGCAGAGCAGUGGAGAGGAGGGUGGGGUGGAGAGUCGGUGA